AUGGAGAGGGAGAUGGAGAUAUUGGUUGCAUUUGAUCACAAAGUUACCUUUGUGGUUGGUGGGAAUAAUGAGACACACUGGUUAGCAUUGCUUGCUUUCAAAGCCAAGAUCAUUGAUGAUCCUCUCCUAGUUAUGAGCUCUUGGAAUGAUAGCAUCCACUUUUGUCAAUUGCGAGGGGUUACCUGUGGUCGUCGACAUCAUAGGGUCGUUGUGUUGGACCUGUCAUCUUUGAAACUGGUAGGCUUCAUAUCACCACAUGUUGGAGACAACCAAAUCCAAGGGCAUCUUCCAUCGGACAUAGGUAUCACUCUACCUAAUAUCGAAACAUUUCACAUUUACAUCAACCAAUUCACUGGGCCUAUCCCUAUUUCAAUAUAUAAUGCCUCAAAUCUAAAGACUCUUGAACUUUCCAAAAAUAAACUAAGUGGAAGAGUUCCUUCUUUGGAGAAGUUAUAUAGAGUUUCAGUGUUUGUCUUGGCUAAUAACAAGCUUGGAAAUGGAGGGGCAAACGACUUGAGUUUUCUUUGUUCAUUGACAAAUUCUACAUAUCGAACCCAUUUACAGAUAAGCCACAAUAACUUUGGGGGAGAGUUGCCCAAGUGCAUUGCCAAUUUCUCAACUACUCUCACACUUUUGAGUCUAGAAAAUAAUAAAAUAUCUGGAAACAUUCCUAAUGGUAUAGGAAAUUUGAUCAAUUUGGAGAAUCUAGAUACGUGGAAAAAUAAAUUAUUAGGUAAUAUUCCUUUUGAAAUCGGAAAACUUCGAAAGUUACAAAAUUUGGCUUUAUCUAAAAACAAUUUCUUUGGGAACAUUCCUUCCUCUCUUGGAAAUUUAACUCUUUUGAUAAGCUUGUAUUUAGAGGCUAAUAAUCUUCAAGGAAGCAUCCCUUUGAGUCUUGGAAAGUGUCAAAAUAUGAUUGUUUUGAAUCUUGCUAAUAAUAGUCUCAGUGGUACCAUAUCAUAUCAAGUCUUUAGUCUCUUAUUCUCACUAAUUUUUCUAGACUUGCCGGCCAACAAAUUUACUGGUGUCAUUCCUCUAGAAAUAGGAAAUUUCAUAAAUCUUCAAGAGUUGAAAAUUACUGAAAACAUGUUGUUUGGUGCAAUUCCUACGAGUAUUGGUAGUUGUGUAAAACUUGAAAUUCUUGCAAUGAGAAGCAACUUCUUUCAAAGGGCCAUUCCUUCAUCUUUGGAAUCAUUAAGGGGUCUUGAAGUACCAACAAAUGAAGCUUUCAAGAACACAAGUGCAACUGUGAUUAAGGGGAACGGUAAGCUUUGUGGAGGCAUGCCUAAUUUUCAUCUUCCUAUAUGUAAAUACAAUAAAUCCAAGAAGUGGAAGUUGACUCCUUCCUUGAAGCUAAUAAUCUCUAUAUUAUCUGGCCUUCUUAGAGUAACUUUGGUAAUCUUUGGAUCUGUGUAUAGAGGAAUUCUUGAUCAAGAUAGUCGUAAAGUUGCUAUCAAGGUACUCAACCUUUUGCACCAUGGAGCUUCCAAAAGUUUUAUUGCUGAAUGUGAGGCUUUGCAAAAUAUCAAACAUCGGAAUCUAGUAAAGGUACUCACAGCAUGUUCAGGUGUUGACUAUCAAGAUCAUGAUUUCAAAGCAUUGGUAUACGAGUUCAUGACUAACAGCAACCUAGAUGGGUGGUUGCAUCCAAUUUCAAGAAGAAAUGAGGUUCCUAAGGAAAAAAUGAAUUUGAAUCUUCUUCAACAAUUGAAUAUUGCUAUUGAUGUUGCACAUGCAUUGGAAUAUCUUCAUCAUCAUUGCCAUUCACCAAUUGUUCAUUGUGACCUCAAGCCUAGCAAUGUUCUUCUCGAUGACAAAAUGAUGGGACAUGUUGGUGACUUUGGCUUGGCAAGGUUCCUUUGGGAGGCUACCCAAGAGUUUUUCACUAAUCAAUCAAGCUCUAUCGGAUUAAGAGGAACAAUUGGUUAUGCUCCUCCUGAAUAUGGUAUGAGAAAUGAGGUAUCAGUUUAUGGUGAUGUCUACAGUUAUGGCAUACUAUUAUUGGAGAUGUUCACAAGAAGAAGGCCCACUAAUAACAUUUUCAAAGACAACUUGAACCUUCAUGAUUUCGUUACAGGAGAUUUGCUUGAACAAGUGAGUAACAUUGUGGAUCCUAUUAUUCUUUGGGAAAGUGAAGAUAUGGAAACAAGGAGAAAUGAUACUCACAUUCAAAAUCGGAUAGGAAGUCCCAAAAUUCUAGAGUGCUUGAUUUUGAUAUUUGGAAUUGGAGUUUCUUGUUCUAUGGAAUCUCCAAGAGAAAGGAUGAACAUUAGUGAUGUUGUAGCUCAAUUGCACUUGAUUAGAGAAAAGCUCCUCAGAACAAGAAUAUGCCGAGAAAGACUUCAACUUAUAGGUAAAUUGUUAAUGACACAGUACUUGUUGCUCUAA